AUGGCUGUUUCUGAAUAUGAAAACGAUGUCGGCGGUACAAUUAGAGAAGGAAAGGGUUAUCCUCCAUUUCGUUUUCAAUUUACUUUAGAUUUACAUGAGCUGAAAUUAAUGUCAGAAACUUUAUAUCGGUUAUUUGUCAAAGAACCAAUAUUCGCAUUACAAUUGACAAAAAAUGUUCUGUUUUGUGCAUGUCUUUUAAUUAAGACGUGUUUACCUCUACAAAAAAACGAUUUUCAAAUUGUUCCCUUUUUGAAAAAUUUAACGGAAAUCAAUGACGUUUCAUUUAUUUUUUUAAAACCGACAAAUAUUCUACUAUCUCUACAAGGAUUUUUAUUCAGUAAAACCACAAUUGGGAAAUACAUAAGAAGUUCAUUUUAUUGUUGCCAAACAAAAUUUUGCCCGGGUAAUAACUGUCAAAGAUAUUUCGAAAUAUCAAAAAUUUUUUGCCCAAAUUGCUGCAAUCCCAUGAAAGAAUAUAUUCCAUCAACCGAUGUCGGCGAUGAAAUUUUAUGUCAUUUUGUAUCAACUUCAGCUUACAAUAAAAAAAAACGAUUUCAAUCUUUACCCGUUAAACUUAAAGAUGAACUUUGCUACGUCACUGAUCUAUCUUUGGGAGAGAGUUAUAUAAUAACUGGAAGAUUGCAUAACAAUUUUUUCGAAGCAAUGAACAUAACACGCAGUAAAACGGAACUUUUAAAUGAUUUAACAAUACCGGAAACGAUUGAAAAUUUAUACUUAGAAAUAAGGCUGGUUAAAAAAAAUAAUAUUCCAGUUCCUAUAAUCGCAAUUGGAAACGACUCAUUAAACAUUCAAAUUUUGUUUAACGCGGCUGGAAAAUUGACGGAAAAAUAUUUAGUUAAUUUUCCUACUAAUUCAUUCAUAGGAGGAGGAGGAGGAGCAUUUAAAACGGGUGUGAAAUCUGACGUCAUUUGUUCAGAACCCGGUCAAUUUAUUUUGGGAACGAAAGGAGUUUGCAAUAUUGGUGAUUGGUCAAAAUUUAAAAACGAACAAACGAAUCACGUUUGUCAAACAAUCGAAAGGGGUCAAAUCGCAUUGAAUAAUAAAGGAGAUUUUGGAAAAUCAAACGUUGAUUUCUCACCCCUAAAUUCCGCCAUUUGGACGUACUGGUGCAACAUUAACAAAACGAUCAAUCAUUUAUCAAAAUUAAAAACUCUCAUCAAUGAAAACGAACACGUUAAUAUUUGCCUUGCAAAUUUACAAACGGCUCUUAAAAGUAGUCGGGAAACUAUCGAAACGUCACCGUCGGUACCUGUAGAUGACUUUAAAAAGUUUUUUAAAAUAAUAAAUUCUAAAAAAAUUUCCCUGUCCGAGGAAGCUUCGCAGUUAAUUCAAAAUUAUUUUGUUGCAAGCAGACGAGAAAGACCGCAAUGUUUACCUUUAAACGCAAUCAAAACAAUUACGACUUUAUCGGAAGCUCACGCUCGUUUGGCAUUAAGAAAUGAAAUUUUAUACGAAGAUGCCGCGGGUAUUAUUUACUUAUACGAAGAAUCCAUAUCACGCAUUUACGGCGAAUCAAUAACACCUUAUCCGAAAAUAAUUUGGAAUGAACAAGAACCUGUACACGUUUGGAUGAGCAAACAAAUCAAACAAUUUUUACUAUGGCUCGAAGAAUACAUUUUGUUUUAA